GCACAAUUUAUAAAAUAAAAAAAUAAAAUUUAAUAAGCAAAUCAAAAUAUAAUAAUUAUAAAUUUUCUUUUAAAAAGAAAUUAAAAUAUAUAUAAAAAAAAAUUAAUUAAUCAAAAAUGAAGUACUUAAUUGUUAUUGUUGCAUUUGUUGCUUUCGCUAAUGCUUCACCAAUUGAAUAUGGUCAUUAUGGACCAGUUGUACAUGCUGCUCCAGUAUUACAUCAUGCUCCAGCUUUAGUACAUGCACCAGUUCAUAAAGUUAUUGCUGCUGAACCAGUUUCAUAUCCAAAAUAUUCAUUCAAUUAUGGUAUAAAAGAUCCACAUACCGGUGAUAUUAAAUCACAAGCAGAAGAACGUGAUGGUGAUGUUGUUAAAGGACAAUAUUCAUUAGUUGAACCAGAUGGUUCUGUACGUACAGUAGAUUAUACAGCUGAUGAUCAUAAUGGUUUUAAUGCUGUUGUACAUAAAUCUGGACCAGCAAAAGUUGUAGCACCAGUUGCACAUUAUGCGCCAGCACCAGUUUUAGGACAUUAUCCAUUACAUCCGUAAGCACAAUAAUAAAUGAUAUAUAUAUAUAAUUUUUUUAAUUAAUAAAAAAUUAAUAAAAGAUCGUCACAAUAUAAACAUAUAUAAAUAUAUAUAUAAAAAUGUAUAAAAAAAAAGAAACCAUUU